AGUCCACAAGACUGUCACCGCCGUGGCUGCGGGGCUUGCAGAAGGCCAAACGUUCGCCGCCUCUGAGCGACUCGCCCCCGCCCCUCUCUGGUCCCCUUCAGCCGCCGCCUUCUACUCUUCUUCCUCUCCCUAUCUCUUCGGGAGGUGAAGCUGGUGCUUGUUUCUGUCGGCGCCACAGACUGCUCUGCAAACCUCAGACGAGGACCCUGAGAACGAAUCCUGGAGACCAUAGGAUCCUUGGGGGCGGCUCUUUAUAAUAGCACUUUGCCUGAAGUGGGGUCGUGGCGGAGUUUCUCCUCCUCUCAAUGCAAACACUAUGCGGAGAGCAGUCGGCUUCCCUGCGCUGUGCCUGCUUCUUAAUCUGCACGCUGCAGGGUGCUUUUCAGGAAAUAAUGAUCACUUUUUGGCAAUUCAUCAGAAGAAGAGUGGAAAACCAAUAUUCAUUUUUCACCGUUCACAAGACAUUGAGAAGAGCCUGGAUAUCACUCCACAAAAGAUAUAUAAACAUAGCUAUCAUUCUUCUUCUGAGACUCACAUAGGUAAACGCCACCACAUUGUUAAUUCAGCCUAUCCUAGACCUGCGUAUGACCCAUCUCUCAAUCUGUUGGCCAUGGCUGGUCAAGAUCUUGAAGUGGAAAAUCUUCCAAUUCCAGCAGCAAACGUAAUUGUGGUGACACUGCAAAUGGAUGUAAACAAGCUAAACAUAACCCUGCUUCGGAUAUUCCGACAAGGAGUGGCUGCAGCUUUAGGGCUUUUACCCCAGCAAGUGCACAUCAACCGUCUCAUUGAAAAGAAGAACAGUGUUGAACUAUUUGUGUCUCCCAUAAACCGAAAAGCAGGAAUUUCUGACGCUCUGCCCUCUAAAGAAGUGUUACGUUCACUUAACAUCAAUGUUUUACAUCAAAGCUUAUCCCAAUUUGGAAUCACAGAAGUCUCCCCUGAGAAAAAUGUUUUACAAGGGCAGCAUGAAGCGGACAAAAUCUGGAGCAAAGAAGGAUUUUAUGCUGUUGUCAUUUUUCUCAGCAUCUUUAUUAUUAUAGUAACGUGUUUGAUGAUUCUGUACAGAUUAAAAGAAAGGUUUCAGCUUUCCUUGAGACAGGAUAAAGAGAAACACCAGGAGAUCCACCUAUCACCCAUCGCGUUACAGCCAGCACAGUCUGAGGCAAAGACAGCCCACAGCAUGGUCCAGCCUGAGCAGGCGCCAAAGGUGCCCAACGUGGUUGUGGACCCUCAAGGCCGAUGUGCUCCUGAGAUCAAAGCUUCCACUUCUUCCUCUGUCUGCCCUUCUCCUUUCAAAAUGAAGCCCAUAGGACUUCAGGAGAGACGAGGAUCCAACGUAUCACUUACAUUGGACAUGAGUAGCUUGGGGAAUGUCGAACCCUUCGUGGCCAUUCCAACCCCACGGGAGAAGGUAGCCAUGGAGUACCUGCAGUCGGCCAGCAGAAUUCUCACAAGGUCACAGCUGAGGGAUGUCGUGGCAAGCUCACAUUUACUCCAAAGUGAAUUUAUGGAAAUACCAAUGAACUUUGUGGAUCCCAAAGAAAUUGACAUUCCACGUCAUGGAACUAAAAAUCGCUAUAAGACCAUUUUGCCAAAUCCCCACAGCAGAGUGUGUUUAAGGCCAAAGAAUGUAACUGAUUCACUGAGCACCUACAUUAAUGCUAAUUAUAUUAGGGGCUACAGUGGCAAGGAGAAAGCGUUCAUCGCCACACAGGGUCCCAUGAUCAACACCGUGAAUGACUUCUGGCAGAUGGUUUGGCAGGAAGACAGCCCCGUGAUUGUUAUGAUCACAAAACUCAAAGAAAAAAAUGAGAAAUGUGUGCUCUACUGGCCAGAAAAGAGAGGGAUAUACGGGAAAGUGGAGGUUCUGGUUAUCAGUGUAAACGAAUGUGAAAACUACACCAUUCGAAAUCUUGUCUUAAAGCAAGGAAGCCACACCCAACUUGUGAAGCAUUACUGGUACACCUCAUGGCCUGACCACAAGACUCCAGACAGUGCCCAGCCGCUUUUGCAGCUCAUGCUGGAUGUAGAAGAAGACAGACUUGCUUCUGAAGGCCGAGGGCCUGUAGUUGUCCACUGCAGCGCAGGGAUCGGUAGAACCGGGUGUUUUAUUGCUACAUCCAUCGGCUGUCAACAGUUGAAAGAAGAGGGAAUUGUGGACGCGCUAAAUAUUGUCUGCCAACUUCGCGUUGACAGGGGUGGAAUGGUCCAAACCAGUGAGCAGUACGAAUUUGUCCAUCAUGCUCUGUGCCUGUACGAGAGCAGACUUUCAGCAGAAACUGUUCAGUGAUUCAUGGGAGACUCACCAGAUCAUCAAUCUCUUGGGGUGAUUAAUCAGAUCACCCACUUGAGGCUUCUCUAAGAAGCUUCCUGCAAUGGAAGGAAAGCUGCUCUGAAGCCAACCUGUGGCACGGAUCGUGGAGGACUUGGCAACGUGUUCAAGAUUGCCAGCCCCUUGUGUAUAUGAAUGCAUUUGUAAGCACCCCCCAAAUUAUUCUAAAGGUCCUUUGCUGAUGGAGGUAUGAUACAUUUCUCACACAGCCUAAGGUGGAUUUUGUUUUGUUUGUGUUGACUAUCUGCCACACAGAAUGUGCGUAUGUAAUAUUCAGUGAUGUUUGUCAUCGAGGGAUGACUAGAAGAGCUGCUAAAGAAAUCAUUAUUGUGUGUUUAGAUGCUUUAAUGUUUGCAGAGUCUGUCUUGUGAAUGGACUGUCAGCUGUUCAACUGUUCCUGUUUUAAGUGCUAUUACCUAUCUCAAUUACCAGAAUCUUGCUGCUAAAGUUGCAAGUGAUUGAUAAUGAAUUUUUAACAAAUAAGUUUUUGUUUUUGAAAAACAAAUCAAAAGCAGUUACUAUUUUAUAUGGAAAUGUGUCUUGAUAAUAUUAUCUAUUAAAUGUGUAUUUAUAGUACUUCCCAUCAAUUACAGAGCACAAUGAUUGUCAUUGGAUAUAUAUGUACUUACUCUCUCUCCUAUUAGGCAUAGAGGUGGGUCCUGCUCCAGAAUUCUAUCCCCUAUAUUUCUACAUUGUGGAUUGUUUUACUUCAAAAGGGAAAAACAAAUUUGUAGCAACUAUGAAGUAUCGAGAAUUUAAAUCCUUGUCUCUCUUUUACUAAGAAGGGAGUUUUGAAUAUGCUGUCUACCUGAAGUCUCUCCUAAUAAAAGGCAGAUGCCUUUGGGGAUGUGUUGUAGCCAGUUCCGCUGCCAGAGUUUCUUCAAAAGGAUGCUACCAUGUAUGUCCUUACAUUUCAAAAGGUUUUAAUCCUCAAGAGAUAAAUAAAAUUAAAAUAACUACACUCAGAAAACACCUAGACGUUCUGCUCAAAUAUGAAUUUUUAAUGCAGCAAUGUUGACUUUGUUUCAUACUGCCA